UUGAGUCUAAGGUCUAAAGUUUAACGCGUCCACUCUAUCCUGAUCGUGUAUGACUUUAAGCAAGUCACUCUGCUUGGGUAUUUAUUCUACACAACAAAUAGCUUAACAAAAAUGCUUAAAAUUGGCAGUAAGAGUAAUCUCGAUACCGAGUAUGUGUGCAAGAUAAGCUUACUUGAUGACACUGAGAUGACGUGCGAGUUUCGGAGAGAUGCGAAAGGACAAGUUGUAUUUGAUACUGUCUGCAAGUCUCUGGACUUACUGGAGAAAGAUUACUUUGGACUACGAUUCGUCGACGAUUCCAAGCAGAGGCACUGGCUUGAUCUAGGUAAAAGUGUUCUCAAACAAAUGAAAUCCUUAAAGCCUCCCUUCAAGCUGUUUUUUAGAGUCAAGUUUUAUGCCGUAGAUCCAAGUGUAGUGCAUGAAGAGAUUACAAGAUACCAGUUUUUCUUACAAAUCAAGAGAGAUAUUCUUCAUGGAAGGCUUCUCUGUUCUUACAAUGAAUUAGCUGAACUUGGGGCCUACAUAGUUCAGGCUGAACUGGGUGACUUUGAUGCAGAUGACAACGAUCAAGGCUAUGUGUCAGAAUUUCGCAUUGUACCCAAGCAAAGUGAAAAGCUUGAGAAAAAAAUUGCUGAAAUUCAUAAGCAGUUGGUUGGCCAGUAUCCCUCUGUGGCUGAGAAGAAUUUCCUUUCCAAAGUCAAAGCCCUGGACAUGUAUGGAGUUGAUCCUCAUCCAUGCAAGGAUCAGGAUAAUGUGCAGCUGUACCUGGGGCUUACCCCAUCUGGAAUUGCAAUAAUCAGAGAUGGCAAGAAGGUUUCUGGAUUUGACUGGCCGCAGAUCAUCAAAUGCUCUUAUGAUGGUAAAGUCUUCUAUAUCCAAGUUCUCAAGGAAGAGCGCAAAGCUAAUUAUGGGUUCAGACUACCUGAUCCUCUGGCAUGCAAGCACCUGUGGAAAUGCUCUGUGGAACACCAAGCAUUUUACUGCUCCCAAAGCCAAAAGGAAAUCAAGCCUCGUAGAAGGUCCUCCCUGUCACCACAGAGGCUGUUCAGACGCUCCAAAUAUAAAUACAGUGGUCCAACACAGGACGAAGUUAUCGCUGAAAGCGAGAAGAUAAGUCGUCCUGAGCCAGAAAUCAAACGGACGCCAAGUAUUCGAAUCUCUCGUCGCCUCAAACCACCAACGGCUGCAGAUAAUAGAUCUGAAAGCACUGGCGAUCUAGUACUGCCAACCACUCCCAACUAUAAAAAGUCCACAUCAGAUAAUCCAGACCCUGCUGUUGACCUUUCAAAAUUCGAAACCAAACACUUCCCAGAAGUACCUGUUUCAGUUGAAGACUCUGCCGUGUCCGCUGAAUCUGCUGACGUCAUAGACGCUGAACCAAUGAAAAACAACAACAUGGCAAAUAAUGUGAGCCCCGGAAGACCAAAAACAGUUGCACAAACUCCUCCCAAGCAAGCUGAAGUAGAGUAUUAUGGCUUUAAGAUGUUUAUCUUUAUUUUGUUUAUUUUGGCUCUAAUCAUGAUUCCUAUUGCUAUUGUAUGGGAGACAAGGAAAACGUACCUUCGAACCACCACUGUUUACAAAUCGUUUGCUAGGUGGGUCUUUAGGUCGUUUGGCUACCGUCUAUAGAGACAAUUUAAUUGAACCUAACAUCCCUUUGAAUUAAACCAUUCCAGACAUACCCUUUCAACUUGCCAUUAAAACACUUUUUGUACCUUGAUGCCUGAUUUUAACUUGCAGCAUAAGGAGAACAGAUCCUUUAUUAUAAGUGCGAGCGGCAUUACCCAAUUGCUGUUAUAUAUGUUAAAUAACGCACAACUUAGUUUGCCGAUCAUUUAUACUCAUCUUACGCUGCAAUUCGAAAUCAGGCGCAAUCCUUAAAUUCUUCAAAGUGUACGCCUAUUUACCUUGAAUGUGUUCAACAAAUUGAAAUUCUUAUCCAGACGUUUAAGACAUAUAAUAAUUUAUGUGGGUGUAAAGCAAGUUCGUAGACAUAGUCGACGAUUCUCGGUCAUUUUAAAACCCAAAAGGCUUGACUGGUAACACAUUUACGAAAGCCGAAUAGUUCUUGGUAUUUUAAUCAAUUAUAAACUAGUCAUUUUUAACGCUACUUUUUACUUACUCAUUUGUAAGCUAUACUCCAUGAGACAACUAAAUUUGGAGUCUUAGUUUUUUCCUUAUGUUUAUGUCUCCACUUUGGCUUUCUGAUUAGGUUCAGUUUUGUUUCCAUUUUAUUAUCGUAGUAAAUUUGUAAGGACUAAUAUUAGAACGGAUAAUUUAUUAUUUAAAAGCUGUUUAAAAGAUGCAACUGAGAUGUAGCCCCUCCCUUUGAACCUUCUUACUUAACAUCAACAAAAGGAACGCAAUAUUCCUCCCUUCAGGUGCAAAGUUAGAGACAAACAAUCGUACGAAUUGAAUACAGCAAGGUUUUGCAACAAUGUGUACGAUUUUGUAGCUCGACGAAUGCUGCAUAUUGUGCAGCUUAGACAUCGCCGUGUUUUAGUCUUUCAAAAGAGGUUAGUGAAGGUUUGGUUACAAAAAUACCAAAUGUACCAAUAGUUCAUUUCGGGCUUGGUAUACGACAUUCAACAAAUCCUUCACCAACCUUUUGUGAAAUAGCUAUAUAUAUCUUUACCGUCUGUUAGGAAUGACGUGAUUUGCAGUACGCCUUUUUAUCAAGGUUGCGCGCUCAUCCAAAUUUAAGAAACUUGACGGGAUUAUAUUUCUAUGAGGUUUUCCAAUAAGGAUAUACGAAAUCGAUUAUUCUCCUCUUAAAUGUAGAACUGGCUUCUCAAUUUAACUGAAUUUGCGUUUUUCAGUUUUGUGGCCCGUAAAGAUUGGAUUCGCACGCAACCUUGAGAAAACGGGCUAUAGGAGAAUAGUCCAUAAUCAGUGCUUGAUUUACUUUAUGCCUAUUGAUUCCCCUUAUCUUUUGUCUCUAUUACUAUUAACCAUCUUCGAAAUUCGUUCGUAAUGAUUUAAUUUCGUACAGGCUUAUAUUCAAUCAAAGCAGAUUAAUAGUUUACUAUCACCCAUUACAUUAUUUCAUUAAUUUAAAUGUUAUUUCACUUGAUAUUAAUUAAUGAUUAAUGUUAUACAGUUUUGUCUCUAAUUUAAUUGACUGAAUAAAUGAGUUAAAAA